AUCAGUGAGUGUUUAACGAAACUCAUUGGCAGACGUUGUGUCAGUUACACAAGUGGUUUUCACUUAAACGGUUGGUUGUGAUCGGCAAAUCAAUAAUAAUACAAAAAAAAAAAACAUUUGAAGAAUUUCAAAAAAAUAAAAAGUGAAAACAAAAGUCGUGUUACUCUGCAACGAAGGAUAAACGUAAACAAAACUUAAUUUUAUUUCCUUCUACUUUCUUGAAGCUGUAAAUAGUUACAAAACACCAAUAAAAAUGUGGCCUGAAAAUGUUGGUAUUUUAGCCGUUGAGGUUUUAUUCCCCUCACAAUAUGUUGACCAAACCGAACUGGAACAAUUCGAUGGAGCCUCGGCUGGCAAAUAUACCAUUGGCUUGGGUCAAGCUAAAAUGGGUUUCUGUUCCGAUCGUGAAGAUGUCAAUUCUCUGUGCCUGACUGUUGUAACCCGCCUUAUGGAAAGACAUCAAAUCAAAGCAACCGAUAUUGGUCGCUUGGAAGUUGGUACGGAGACUAUUGUGGACAAAUCGAAAUCGGUGAAAUCUGUGUUGAUGCAACUCUUUGCCGAUAGUGGAAAUACCGAUAUGGAAGGUAUUGAUACCACAAAUGCCUGUUAUGGCGGUACUGCUGCUUUGUUCAACUCUAUUAACUGGGUGGAAUCGUCGAGUUGGGAUGGUCGUUUGGCGUUGGCAGUUUGUGCUGACAUUGCUGUUUAUGCCAAGGGUGCAGCCCGUCCAACGGGUGGCGCGGGGGCCAUUGCCAUGCUUGUAGGACCAAAUGCUCCUUUGGUUUUCGAAAGAGGUCUGAGAGCAACACACAUGGAACAUGCCUACGAUUUCUACAAACCGGAUUUAAGUUCAGAAUAUCCCACAGUUGAUGGUAAAUUGUCUAUACAAUGCUAUCUGUCGGCCUUGGACACCUGCUAUCAGCUGUAUCGCAAGAAAUUCGAAAAACUCAACCCCCAAACUGGAAAGGAAGGCUUGGACAACUUUGAUGCCAUUCUUUUCCACACACCAUUCUGUAAAUUAGUACAAAAAUCUGUGGCCCGCUUGGUUUUCAAUGACUUCUUGCUUACUGCUGAUGAGACAAAACGCGCCCAAAAAUAUCCCGCAUUAGAAAAAUUCAACAACCAUACAUUGGCCACCACCUACUUCGAUCGUGAUGUGGAAAAGGCAUUCAUGACACAAUUUGCCAAUGUCUUCGAAGAGAAGACGAAAAAGUCCCUGCUUUUGGCCAAUCAAGUUGGCAAUAUGUACACUCCAUCGGUAUAUUCAGGUUUAGUAUCGCUGCUGGUCAGUGAAAAGCCCGAAAACUUGGUAGGCAAACGUAUUGCUGUGUUUUCGUAUGGAUCCGGCUUGGCCGCGUCAAUGUACUCUAUUAAAGUGACCUCAAAUUCCGAUGUCUUCCAGAAAUUCGUUGAAAAAUUAGACUAUGUUAUGCCUUUGCUGAAUUCGCGCGAGAAAGUGGCGCCCGAGCUGUUUUCCGAACUAAUGGAAAUACGUGAAAAGAACAAUCAUGCCGCACCCUAUACGCCCACAGGCAGCAUAAGUGCUUUAUUCCCGGGCACCUACUACCUCAAGAGUGUCGAUGAAAUGCAUCGGCGCACCUAUGAACGUACACCAACAAUUUCAAAUGGUGUCCACUGAGUGGGGUAAAGAUCGUUUUGAAGCAGAACAUAAAGCUCCAGCUACUAUAGCUUUACUUAACACUACAAUUAUAUUUACUCUAGUUAAUAAUUAUAAAAGGAAGGGAAACACACACACACAUACAAACUUACAAAAAUGUAAUUUUUCCGCUUAUAAAACUUUAAAAGUUUUGUACAAAGAUGAUUAUUAUAUAAAAAAAAGGGAAAUCUUACUUUAAAUUAGUUUAAAUUUUUGGUGAUUUCUAUACAGUUUUACAUCUAUGUAGCUAUGUAUUUAUUUUCAUUUUUCAUUUCUUUAUAAAAAAAAAAAAACUAAAUAAUACUACCAUAAAAAUACAAUACAAGCCAGCAAAAACAACUAGUACUUGACAAUAAUGAUGGUGCUGAUGAUGAUUACAAAUCGAUUAUGGUUUAUUAACAACAAACCAUUUGUGGACCCCAUUUAAUUUUGCAUAACUAUGAAAAUCUUUAACACUGUCAACUUAAAAAUUAUUUAUUUUUCUAAACUUAAACUAUUCUUCUUGCUACCUUAUUUCCUAGUUUAUUUGUUCUUUUCUUUGCCUCUACAAAGCUAAGUGUAAUGUGGAAAUAUACAUCGAAAUUAGGUUACGUUUGGUAUUACGUAUUAAUAAUUAUUAUUAUUUUUGUUUAAUUUAUACAAGAAUAAAAUUUAAUUUUACCAAGAAGAAUCUGUAAA